AUGAAAAAACAAAAACACAAAAAGCCUGCAAAGAGCAGCAGCAGCAGCGCAGCAGCUGCUGCUGCUCAAGCGGCUGCGCCCCCAGCAGCAGCAGCAGCAGCAGCAGCAGCAGCAGCAGCAGCAGCAGCAGCAGCAGAAGAGAAGCCAGCGGUGCGGCUAGACCGCCGCUUCUCUGCUGCAGCAGAUCCUCGCUUCGGCAUCAGCGCUUUGGCGCGGCAGCAGAAGCAGCAGCACCGGCAGCUGCAGCAGAAAAGGAAGCAGCAGCAGCAGCAGCAGCAGCAGCAGCAGCAGCAGCAGCAGCAGGAGGUCCCCACGAAGCAGCAGGCCAAGCUGGAGGCCGCAAGAGCAGCAGAGCAGCGAGCAGCAGCAAGCAGCAGCAGCAGGGGGCCCCCCGGCCUGGCCCCCUGCAGCAGCUGCGACAGCGACAGCGACAGCGACAGCAGCAGCAGCAGCAGCAGCAGCAGCAGCAGCAGCAGCAGCAGCGAAGACGAAGAGGAGCAGCAGCAAGCAGCUUCGAGCCUCUGGGACUCGCAUGCAGAUGCACCAAUGGAUUCUUCUGUUUCCUCGCGGCUGGCGCUGCUGGGCCUGGACUGGGAUGCUGUUGCUGCUGCUGAUUUGCUGCUGCUGCUGCAGCAGUACUUGAAAAGCUCAGCAGCAGACAGCAGCAGCAGCAGCAGCAGCAGCAGCAGCAGCAGCAGCAGCAAGGAGCCCCACGUCAAGAAG